UUCCGCAAGGAAACAAUGAGGAAAUUAAUCAUUUUUCUGUGCAUUUUUGCUCACACUGAGCAUUCCACCUGUCAAUUAAUCAGACCCAAUGUGAUUUACGAAAAUGUCAUCAAGGGAGUGCAUGAUUACUACAAUAACACGUGUAUUAUUCUGCUUCAUGCUACUAAAAAUUCCGUCGAGUCAAAAGGAAUGGAAGAGAGUGAAAAUCUACAGAAACUCCAGACAUAUCUGAGCAAAGCCUACAUCCGCACAGUAGUUAUGGAAAUAUCAACGUUUAUAGACCGAGUUGGUGGUAGCUACUACCACAUUAAACGACCGUUGUUUGUCCUGUUAAACGAUGGCAACGACGUUAGGAACCAAUUUGCAUUUGAUAUUGCUCCAUGGAUUGACAUGUCCUAUCCAAACUGGCUCAUCUUUCUGAGACCAGAAACCUCGAUUGAGGGCUUUUUCGAUAAGAUUUAUGUGCAGUUCGACUGCACAAUGAUGGUGUCGAAGCCGGAUGAGAAUUUAGAGAGCCCAGGGGAAAUUAUUACUGAAGUUUAUCAGAUCGAUAGGGGAGAGAAGUUGAGGACUGGAUUAUUUGCCACCUGGAGUAGAGAGACGGGAAUUAAAUUACCACGGUGGAGCCUUUAUCAGCGGAGGAGUGAUCUUCAAGGACACUUGUUUCGUGUUAUGUCCAUAGAAGAUCCACCCCAAUCGAUGAUAGUGCACGAUGACAAUGGACAAGUGACAGGACUUCGGGGAUUUUUUGGGGGACUAAUGGAACUCCUCCAGGAGAGCAUGAAUUGCACACUGGUUUAUCUGGAAACAAAUGAAUGGGGGUAUCUGAGAGAUAAUGGCACAUGGACUGGAGCUGUUGGCUCACUUAUUGAUAAUGUCUCCGACAUUGUUGCAGCUGAGCUCAUCAUGACGAGAGACAGAGUGGAUGCCAUAAAAUUUACAACCCCCGUCUAUUCCACAAAGAUUCGAACCUACAUCAAAAGACCUUCAUUGUCUGCCCUAAAGUGGGGUGCCUAUUUCAUCCCCUUUGAGCUAAACGUGUGGGUUGCGAUCGUAGUUAUGAUUGCCAUCAGCACUGCAACUAUUUCUCUGGUGAACUCUGCUAUAUCAGUGUUUGCUAGCCAGUGGAAGGACAAUGAGGAUUGUCCUCGUAAUGUUCCAGACAUAUUUUUCGCUGUGUUUGGAGUAUUUUGCAGUCAAGGGAUGUCAGUGUCGAUUUUCGAUCCACUCAGAAUAUCGCAUUUUGUGAUACAUCUAACGGGAGUUAUAAUUUUGGCUGCCUAUUCUGCGGCUCUGAUCAGUGCCCUAGCAGUGAAAACAUUCGUGCUACCAUUUACAACAAUGGACGGUCUCCUGAAGGACAAUACUUACAGAUUCGGAGUUGUCAGGGAUUCUGCGGACUAUAGUCUCUUUCAGAAUACAACAGACGAAAUACUCGGAAUACUAUUCGACAAACUUUUAGUGAAAGAGAAAGAAUUGCCGAAUAAUUACUUGGAGGGGUUAUCACUCGUAUGCAACGAGGACAAGUAUGCAUUUAUGACAGUGGAUAAUGCAGUGACACAGCUUCAGUCUACGGCUGGAUGUAUUCUAGUGCCACUUGACACAAUAUCGCAGACGUCAAUUGCUUUUGGACUGAGGCCAGGGAGCCCUUAUCGAGGGAUUCUCGACAGCCAUCUUUUACUACUGCGAGACAGUGGAGUCAUGCAGAGAUUAUUAAACUCGCACUGGGCAAUGACUGGAGACAAUGUGGAGUCGGCCUGGGAGUCCGUAGAGGUUGAAGACAUCCUCCCCCUAGCGGUCAUGCUCCUCUCCGGCGUAUUCAUGGGCUUCACGAUUCUCAGUAUCGAGAAAUUAAUGAAGAGAAAUGCGAAAAUAAUCAAAAAGGAGAAGAAAAUAGUAAAUAAAUUUUUCAAAAAUGCAAAGUUUCCACCGGACCAGAUAAAUCGUGUAAAAAAAAUCAACAAUUAGAUGAAAUAAGUUAAAAAGUACGUGAGUCAUUGUGUAUUAAUUUUUAUGGGCAAAGUUGUAUAUAUCGAUACACAGAUAUUCAUAUAAGAAUGAAUGAAAAAUGUCAUGAACAUUUUAUUUCGGCAUUUUCGACCAGUCAUUGUACCUCACGUUGAGAGAA